AUGGCUAUCCAAACUUUCAUAUUUUUUGACUUGGAAACCACAGGAUUACCGGGACAGGAAAAGAAUCAAACAAAGAUAACGGAGCUAACAUUCCUAGCUGUAUUGCGAAGGGAUAUUGAAAGAGUUAAUAAUUGUACCUUACCACCUAUUAGCAAACUCUCAUUUCUUUUUAAUCCUAGAAGAAAUAUUCAAUGGGAGGUGGUGAAGAUCACAGGGCUAUCAAACGACUUUUUAUGUAAUCAACCUAUUUUUAAAGAUAAAAUAAAGUGUAUUAACGAAUUUCUUGAAUUACCAAAGCCAGUGUGUCUUGUUGCUCAUAAUGGUGACAGGUUUGAUUUUAAAAUAUUAAACACUGAAUAUGCUGAUGUUGAAGCCUCAUUACCUGAUGACUUACUUUGCAUUGAUUCAAUGAAAGCUUUUAGAGAAAUAUUAAAAAAUUGUCAAAGUUUAUCACCAAAUGCUAUUACACCACAUAAUCACACACAAGAAACGCUUGAUUGGCCUGAACUAGAUAUUACUCCCGAGGAAUGGACAGAAAUUGAUCAGUUGUCAGAAUCUUUUACAAAAUUAACAAGUACUCCAAAGAAGAUUGAAUUGAAACCAUUAAAAAGUUAUGCUCUAUCAUAUUUAUACAAUUUUUUUGUGAAAAAAGAACCUAAAGAAUGCCACAGAGCAGAAGCGGAUUGUUUUAUGCUGUUAGAAUGUGUUCUGGCAAUUAAACAAGAAUUUCUACAUUGGGCUGAUAAAAAUUAUAAAUACAUUAAAGAGAUAAAGCCUUUAUCUAGAAAA